AUGUAUAAGCUUUUGCCCAAGCUCAGAGUAGAGGAUUCCGACGAUAAUUGUCGCCUCUUGGCGGCCAAAUGGCCUUCAUCAGGCGGCGGCGCCGAUUCUGUCGCUUCUCCGCCGUUGGAGUUCCUCGGAGAAGCCAUUUUUGCAGCAGGUAGCCAGCGACUUCGUCCUUCCCCUCGUCCCUUCCUCCUUGCAUCCAUCAUCUGAUCGGAUCGUAUUUGACGCGCAGACAGCUUCUGGGGACUGGAGGCGGCGUACGGCCGCCUAGACGGGGUCGUAAGGACGGCAGUCGGAUACUACGGAGGGUCUCUGAAGAACCCUAAUUACAGAGAGGUGGGAACGUUCUUCUCCCCGCGUUCCUUGAGAAAUUCCGGAGAUCAUUUCACUCAUCUUUUGUGUGGGGAUAUUAGAUCUCAGAGGGGCACACGGGGCACACGGAGGCUGUGAAGGUGGUCUACGACAAGCGGAGGGUCUCGUACGGUCUCCUCUGCAGAGUCUUCUGGGAAAGCCAUGAUUCCACCAACAAGGAUUAUCUCGUAUGAUCUCCUAAACAGCUUCACCUGGUUUGAGUUGGGCAAACCACCAGCGUCUUUUAGCAGGUCUAAACCCUAAUUCGCGUUGCAGAGAUUUGGCGCGGGUACGCACUUCCGGUCGGCUAUAUUCUACCGGAGCGAGGAGGAGAGGAAGUGGGCGCAGGAGUCGAAGGUCCGGUGGCAGUUGAAGCUCAACAGGAGGAUCGUUACGAAGAUCCUUCUUUGCGGCUCCUCGGAAUUCUACCUCGCCGAGAGCCACCACCAGAAAUACUACUUGCAGAAGAAUUAUUUACCCCUCUGCGAGUCCCUCGGCCUGCGGAGCACAAAGCAGCUCGCCGAGUCCCACCUCGCCUGCAAGCUCAACGGGUGAGCAUCGCCACCAUUUUAGAGAUGAAUGGCUGAUGAUGAUGAUGAUGAUGAUGAAGAAGAAGAAGGAGAUUUAUCUGUUCUAAGAAGGAGAUUUAUCUGUUCUAAGAUGGGAAUUCCGUGUUUGCUUCUGGUGUAGGAUAUUGGCCGACGACGGAAAGGACACAGAUGAAGGGGAGCUGAGGAGACUCAUGGUGGGCUGCCAACUGCCAUCGCAGGCGAAGACGGCGCUGGAGAACAUUCUUCGGGAGCUGAAGGAAAACAGACGAGGGGAAUGGGUAACCUUCUCCGGCUGA